AUGUCAUUGAACACUUCCACUGCUGGCAAAGGUGUGGAUCCAAACACAGUUGAUACUUAUGACAGUGGUGAUGACUGGGAAAUUGGGGUUGGUAAUUUAAUAAUCGAUUUGGAUGCUGAUUUGGAAAAGGACAGACAAAAAUUUGAGAUGAAUAAUUCUACCAGUUCCAAGGAUUGUGGGGGUCUUGCAUCUAGUGGGGUUAAUACUACCUCAGCCUUAGCUGAUGGCCUAAAAUUUGCGUCUGUUCAGCCCCCUGCUUCUCAGGGGAAUUCUUCACACAAAGAAACUAGCAAAUCAAAAGUGAAAAGGAGUAAAACUUCGAAGGAUGCUAGUAAAUCUCUGCCUUCUGCUGCCUUGUAUGGAAUUCCUGAAAUCAGCAGUGCUGGCAAGAGGCAGGAAGUCCAAGGGCGCUCAGGCGAGGCAUCUGGCAUGAAUUCAGCACUGGGUCAAAGUGUGAACAACAGCCCAAAUGGCAAUAACAACACCAGCAACAAUAACAACAUUAUUGCCUCUUGUGGGAAAAAUAAAGAGGAGAAACCAGGUAAAACCCAGGGCAGCAGAGGCUCCAAGAGGGAUAAAGAUGGAGGGAAAUCCAGGAAAGACAAGCAACUUGACCUCCAGCAGGGACACCCCAGCAACAGCAGCCAAACUUCUCCUGGGCACUUGUAUGGCUUUGGGGCCAAGGGAGGUGGUGCUGGGAGCAACAGUCCUUUCCACUGCACUGCCUCCACUGUGGGGGAUGUGAACAAAGGUGCCCCAGAGUCAGGGUUAAUGGGGAACUCUAUUUUGGGGAAAAAAGAAGAGGAAGAGGAGGACAGCCACAGGCGGAUAAAGAAACUGAAAACAGAAAAGGUCGACCCCCUCUUUACAGUGCCUGCACCACCACCUCCUAUUUCCAGUAGUCUCACACCUCAGAUUCUGCCCUCCUACUUUUCCCCAUCUUCAUCCAACAUUGCAGCCCCAGUUGAACAACUUUUGGUACGGACUCGUUCAGUAGGUGUAAAUACUUGUGAUGUUGGAAUAGUAACAGAACCUGAAUGCCUUGGACCUUGUGAACCUGGGACCAGUGUGAAUUUGGAAGGGAUUGUAUGGCAUGAAACUGAAGAAGGUGUUCUAGUUGUAAAUGUUACAUGGCGAAAUAAAACUUAUGUUGGAACAUUGCUCGAUUGCACUAAGCACGAUUGGGCUCCUCCCAGGUUUUGUGAAUCACCAACAAGUGAUCUGGAAAUGCGAGGGGGUCGGGGCAGAGGAAAACGAGCAAGGUCUGCGGCGGCGGCAGCAGCACCUGGAAAUGAUGUUAGCUUUACCGAGUCUAGGGGACUUCAGAACAAGAACAGAGGUGGUGCAAAUGGAAAAGGGAGGCGGGGCAGCCUUAAUUCAAGUGGCCGCAGGACACCACCAAACUGUUCCCUGGAAGAUGUCAAAGUCAGUCCCUUGUCCACCAAUAAGAGGAAAAGCAAGCCACCAAUGGAGCUAGACUUGAACUCCAGUUCCGAAGACAAUAAAUCUGGAAAGCGUGUUCGUACCAAUUCUAGAAGCACUCCAACCACUCCCCAGGGGAAGCCAGAGACUAUUUUUUUGGACCAAGGCUGUUCUUCUCCUGUUUUGAUUGAUUGCCCCCAUCCUAACUGCAACAAAAAGUAUAAGCACAUUAAUGGGUUGAGAUAUCACCAGGCUCAUGCACAUUUAGACCCAGAAAAUAAACUGGAAUUUGAGCCUGAUAGUGAAGACAAAAUUUCAGAUUGUGAGGAAGCAUUAAGCAAUGUGGCACUUGAAUGCAGUGAGCCAGGCACAAACUUAUCCCAUUUUGAUCAGCUGAAGUCCCCUACGUCUCCUUGCUCUCUCAGUACCCCUGGAACGCCCAAGGGGAGAAGAGAACAGGCUAACCAUGGCAAGAAUUCUGGUAAAAAGAGAGGCUUGAACAGUGAAUUGAACAGCUUACCUGUAAUUUCCAAUAUGACAGUGACUUUGGAGAAUUGCUCAGUAACAGAUGGUGGUUUAGCAGCUGAAAUGCCCAAAUUAGAGGCUGAAGGACUGAUAGACAAGAAAAACCUGGCAGAAAAAGACAAGGGCAAAAAGGCUAGCAACUGCAAAGUGGAUAAAAACCUUUCAAAGCUUAAAACUGCCAGGCCCAUUGCACCAGCUCCAGCUCCAACACCGCCUCAGUUAAUAGCUAUACCCACGGCAGCCUUUACAACCACCACUGCUGGGACAAUACCAGGAUUGCCCUCACUAACGACGACUGUUGUGCAGGCUACACCAAAGAGUCCUCCAUUAAAACCUAUUCAACCAAAGCCCACAAUUAUGGGAGAGCCGAGCACUGUAAACCCAGCUCUCACAUUACUCAAAGACAAAAAGAAAAAGGAGAAGAGAAAGCUGAAGGACAAAGAAAGCAAAGAGAGUGGAAGUCCUAAAAUGGAUUUGAAGCUGGGAAAGUUAGAGGACACAAAGGGGUCUGGGAAAGAGAUUGCUGGACAUUUUUUAAAGGAACACCUCAGCAAGAAUGAAGUGCUAGCUAAUGGACUGUCAGAGUCUCAAGAGAGCAGGAUGGCAAGUAUUAAAGCCGAAGCCGAUAAGGUUUACACUUUCACAGACAAUGCACCCAGCCCUUCAAUAGGGAGUGCCUCCCGAAUAGAAUGCAACACUUUGGUGAAUGGGCAGUCUUCUGUGGCGCCACUACAUGUAUUGACACAGAAUGGGGCGGAGGGUGCAGCUGCUAAAACAAACAGCCCAGCUUACUCUGAUAUCUCUGAUGCUGCAGACGAUGGUGGUUCUGACAGCAGGUCAGAGGGCAUGAGGUCAAAGGCCAGCUCCCCUUCAGAUAUUAUUUCUAAUAAGGAAAGUGUUGUAAAAGGGCAUUCCUCAACCCCAGUACAACCACCCCAAGUAAAAGAGUCUCAUUCACCCUAUUACCAUGGUUACGAUCCUUAUUAUUCUUCAAGUUACAUGCACUCUGGACAGGUCAGCACCCCUGCAGCUGGGAACAGCAAUAAUACACAGGGGAUGAAGAUCAAAAAGGAGGCAGAGGAAGAGGCCGAGAAGAAAGACAAGGCAGAGCCUGCAGAGUCCAAGAAAAGUGAAGCCAGUGCCACUAACUUACAGCCCCAGCACCAGUCAGUAAUAACUCAACGACAUCCUGCACUUGCGCAGUCACUUUACUAUGGCCAGUAUGCUUAUGGGCUUUACAUGGACCAAAAGUCCUUAAUGGCCUCUAACCCUACUUACAGGCAGCAAUAUGAAAAAUAUUAUGAGGACCAGAGAUUGGCUGAACAGAAAAUGGCACAAACUGGAAGAGACUGUGAAAGGAAAAAUGAACUCCCUCUGAAGGACCUAGGAAAAGAUGACAAGCUGAAAAAUAUCCCAUCUGCCACUAUCUCAAAAGCUCCUUCUACUCCAGAAGCCAGUAAAAACAACCCUAAAGUAGGGUCAUCGGUCCCUAAUAAAACUGAGGAUCCAAGCAAAUCACAAAUUCUUUCCAAUCAUCAGCAACAGCUUCAGUCUGACAGCUUCAAAGCAAAGCAAAUGGAAAACCACCAGCUUAUAAAGGAGGCUGUGGAAAUGAAAUCUGUUAUGGAUUCUAUGAAACAGACUGGAGUAGAUCCUACUACAAGGUUUAAACAGGACCCAGAUACAAGAACGUGGCAUCAUUAUGUAUAUCAGCCAAAAUAUCUUGAUCAACAAAAAACAGAGGAACUGGAACGUGAAAAGAAGUUAAAAGAAGAGAGCCCCAGAAAAACACCUAAUAAGGAAGCCUCCUUCUCCAAUCUUCCUGUCUCAUUAAACAGCAUUAAAGAGGAGCCCAAGGAGGUCAAGCGUUCUGAUUCCCAGUCACUAGAGGAGAACAAGAUAAAAAAUGAUGAUCGAAAGACUCCUGUAAAUUGGAAGGAGUCACGGGGUGCCAGAGUGGCUGUCUCCUCUCCAAUGACUCAGCAUCAGUCGUAUAUACAAUACUUGCAUGCUUAUCCUUACCCACAGAUGUAUGAUCCCAAUCAUCCUGCAUACCGUGCUGUGUCUCCUGUCCUCAUGCACAGCUAUCCAGGGGCCUAUCUCUCACCAGGGUUUCAUUAUCCUGUUUAUGGGAAGAUGUCAGGGAGAGAAGAGGUGGAGAAAGUCAACACCAGCCCUAGCAUCAAUGUAAAAUCAACCACUGAAUCAAAAGCACUGGAUUUGUUGCAACAACAUGCCAACCAGUACCGCAGCAAGUCUCCUGCUCCUAUGGAAAAAUCUACAGCUGAGCGUGAGAGGGAAGCAGAAAGGGAGCGUGAUCGGCAUUCCCCUUUUAGCCAGCGGCAUCUUCAUACACAUCACCACACUCAUGUUGGAAUGGGCUACCCACUAAUUCCAGGCCAAUAUGACCCAUUUCAAGGGCUGACCUCUGCUGCCCUUGUUGCCACUCAGCAGGUGGCUGCUCAGGCAUCUGCAUCUGGUAUGUUUCCUGCACAAAGAAGAGAAUGAUGAUUUUGGAAAUGUACAUUCUCAUGUGACCGGAUCACAUGAAAAAGCGCUUUAUUACA